ACUAUGAUAGGGCAAGGGUUUCCCGGUGCGAAUCUUAUAGGACAGCUCCUAAGUCAAAUCACGCAGCCAUUGUCAAAGGCGAUAGUAAAGCGUGCGAAGAAACGGCCGCUUUUAAGAAAAUACGUUCUGAUUCAACUGGGACGUUUUUAUUACUGGUGCGAAGAUAUGAUAAAGUGGCGACAGAUUUCAGUCAUAGCGAAAAAAAGACCCGUUGACGACGAUCGCACAAUGGAAAUAGGAACGACAUUACUACUCGAGGCAUUGGUCUUUGGACUUUUGGGGAGCGUACUUAUAUACGAGACACGAAAGGCUGGAAAGAGAUCGCGCGUCGCUGAGCAGUUGAAAAUUCAAGAGCUCAACGACUUAGAGGUGAAGAAAGAUCGGCUGAUACGGCAAGUAAAGGAUCAAGUGAUCUUGACGAAACAGCUCAAAGAAAUCAUUGUGGAGUAUUCGAGACAAGUCGGGUGUACCUUACCUAGUAGUCCCGAGGAGAAAGGCGAAUAG